ACCUCCAGUCCGUAUACCAAGCCGCCCACGCGCACCCACCCAGCGCCCCUCGUUUGUAUCGCCUCCCCGGUUCCCUGCUGCUUCCGAGCAGUUGCGGCGGCUACUUUGGCCGACGGCGAACCCACUGUAUCCUCGGAAGAUUUGCAGGCAUCAUGUCUGACACUAGUAGUAGUGAUGGAGUGGCAGUCCUAGGUGAUGCUGGAGAAGCUAACAAUUAUGAGCAGCUAUUGCCUGCUACUGAAGCACAGCCGCCUCCUACUCCAACUUCUAGAAUUUCAGUUAGGAAAGCCGUAGAAGUAAUCGAGACAUUCGAUGAGUACAAGAGAUGGCUUGUUACUGAAAUUGGGUUCGGUGGAAUGUUAAAGCUGCCUAUGCUCCAGAAGCUUAACCUCAAGUUCAGUGCUUGGACUAUGAGCAAGGUAUGCGUCGAGCGUCGAGCAAUUGUUCUGUCAGAAACCAAGAUUCUCAAGUUUUUUGCGGAGGACAUACACAAGGUGUUCGGCAUACCAUGUGGACACCGGAAUGUUAAAGGGCGUGAUGGAUUCAUUAAGCCAGAAGCUGUAAGAUUUAUUAAAACCACACUAGGGAUGGAUAGGACAGGAGUGCAUAGCCUACGCGCUGCCGAGGAAUUCCUUUUGCGUGACAUUUCCGAGACGUCCAGCAAGCUAGAGAAGGAUUGCUUCCAGAUUGCAUUCAUCAUUUUUGUGAUGGGGCAUGUGCUGGCACCCAGAACAAAACAUGAUUAUGGAACGAUAGACUACUGGGGUGCGCUGGCAAACACGGAGAAUAUUGCACAAUUCAACUGGUGUGAGUUUGUACUGGAGUUUUUGCUCGAGGGAGUCAGGCGGCUUAAGAAUGACAUGAUGGCCAACAACCCGAACACCAACCUGGUUGGUUGCCACUUGUUUUUGCAGAUUUUCUUCCUCGACAACGUUGACCUGAGACUUUUCAACAAGAAGCAUAAUGUCCUUCCUCGGAUUAGUGACUUUGACCAAAACAGCAUCAGAAACAUGAUAACCAUGGCAACCGACAUUGGGAAGGGCCCUGCAUCAUACAAAAAAUGCAUGAUUCGACAGGGCCAUGAUAUAUGCUAUGGACGCUGCAACAUCCAAGAUUCUACUGAGAGAAGCUCCAACAAGCAACUAGUAGGUGGUAAUAUGGAUCAACAUCACAGCAACCCAACCAAUGACAGGGAGGAUUCAGUGCAUGCAUCAUCAUCUGCAGCUGUCAACCUCAUGGAUGUGCAGACACCUCUACGAGCGCUCGGGCCAAUUGAUUUUGCAGAGCAUAUGCGUACCCGAUACCCUAGCUUGGUCAAGGACGAGUUGAGUUUCAUACUAAAGGAGCAGAAUGCCAAAUGCCAGCGUGAAAUCAACACUGCUCGUGUCAAUGUGCAGGCAGACAUGAUUAAGUUUGUCGACAAGCUGAUGACAUCGAUCAGCAAGAGGUGCAUUUGCUAUGCUGCUCGAGGUUUUACUGACUGUCCAGCAAGAGCAAUUCAGCCAUGCCCAGGGGUCGAAAUUCAGACUCCUAUUGGCCCGAAAAUCCCAGGCGUUAGGCUCGACAUGUCUGCUUGCAAAGGUACCACGUCUCGCCCCAGGUCUGAUGGUGAUGAUCAGGGAGAACAGCAGCAGAACAAGCGGGCGCGCAAUGAUGAAGGAGCAGUCGCAGCCAUGACAGAACAGAUUAUUCUGUUUGCAAGGCAGACCCUACAGUCAGUAAGCAAACUGUUUAUUGACCUUCCGAACGAUGGCAGUACAACGGUGUUUGGACAGAAGGCAGUCGUGCUUCCAGGAAGAAAAUAUGUUUUUAGGGCUGGUUUCCAAACUGACCCAUGGAUCAGGGGGGUUGUACCGUGCCCACCUCAGCCCUAUGUGUCUGAACAGUUGGAAGGGUUCUUCAGUACGGCACCACCAGGAGAGCUAUCUAGGAACUUCCUUGUGCAUGAGAACCCAAGGUUCUUACGAAUAACCGGUGCAGCGAUGAGAAUGCAGUUGGUUCAAGACGAGCCGAUUGACCACGAGCUGAUGUUAGUGAUUAUUAGAAGGUACUGUCAGGCUGAUCAGGAAGCAAACAAACACUCGCCGUAUCUAACAUGGAGGCAUCCACUUGAACCAGAGUUCUCGACACUGGUAUUGUCAGAUCAUGAUUAUGUCCAUACGAUGUCUAUCCAGAAACCAUUAGGGGCGGAUGCGCUUAAGUAUGACAUCAUAUCAGCUCAGCUGUUCUUCAUGCCCGUCCCACGCCCCGAAGGAUGGAUUGUAAUUUUUUGGGACAUGGUCACCCGCACGAUGUUUGUUAUCGAACCGAUGUACCACAAGAAAAGCCGACCCCUGACCACUCAUGAGAGGGACGAGAUUAUUGCUUGGAAGCUACACGAUGCCCUGUUCAAUUGCUUAGAUGAGUACUAUGCUGGGUGGCCCGUCAACAAAGAGAGAUGGAAUGUCAAGUUCCCCUGCUCUUGCCGAUAGCAUUUUCACUAAAAAUGAAACAGGUGCUUGCGUUGUUCACAUCACCGCCCAUUUCGACGGCAAGAAGCUAAAGCUUCCGCUAACCAAGCACACCAUAUCAAAGACAAAGCGGGAAACGCUUUACGAGUGCAUGAAGUUGCAGGGCAAUUUCUCUUCCCACGCACGCGACACUCUGUGGCGCCUCCUUGCACUGUCAGACUCCAUAUUUGAAUCAGAAUGAGUCACCCUUCUAUAUUUAUGUGUCUUUCAAUCUAGCCACUUGAUAAUAAGUGUCUUACAACUUAAGCCCCCACAUCCGGUGUGUGAUCCAAGUCGAUGCCCGAGCGCCUCAUAGCUCAUCAUUGUAUUCAUGAAUUCGAAGUCCAAAUCAUAAGACCUGUACAUAAGAGCGAGCUACGCAAAGGGACAACAAGAACCUGCUUAUGAGGCCAGCAUGCAAGUUGUCGUCUGCCCUUUGUUUUGGAUCCACCACAUACUCCGCCGAAUCUGGAACGCCACUAUCGACCACUGCAUUUGCUGGUGUCAUCGGUGAAUCAGAAUGUAGCCUGGUUGGUUCAGCUCCACCGUCUAUAGCUUGACCUGCAAUACAAAACACAUUCCACGUGUUAGCCCAGUACAAACUGAAGAGCUGAAUGAAGCUCUGGGACACUGGGCUCUAGUGGGUGUGCAAACUGAACCGACGGCACUCUGGAAUCUAUUGGCGGUGCAAAUUGAAGAGCUGGGACACUGGACUCUACCGGUAGUGCUACCGUGCUUUGUCCGGCGAUCCGCAAGCGCGGUGAAUCAUCUGUCCGUGCUGCCAGCUCUGUCCAAUGCCAUCACAAUCUCUAUUAAGCAUGGAUCCUCUGCAUCAAUUUGCCGGAUGCGGCUCUGCCUUCUGGCUUCAUAACCACUUUCAUUGAUUACAACUGGCUGCUCUCGAUCCCUAACGGCUUGCGUUUCUCUACCUGCAACACAUCGAUGCUGAAUCGUAUCCAUCACAUUCUGCACAUAGUACACAAAGGACAAAAGUUAUUUGAACAGCAAUCACAAUCACAUGUUCCGUGCAACGGGGUGAAGAACAACUAGUGCAAUUUGUAGUUGAAGUUUGUCCGAAACAUACCAUUUUCCUGGCUCCGGGACCUGGACCCUUCAAAGCUCAUUUCAUCCUCUGACUGAGCAGUUGAAUUGGUGUUCUUCAUGUGGCCAUUUUCAGCGCUGAUAAUAGCCAGCAAGCCAGGUUGACCAGUGACACCUUCAUUAUUAAUUACAUCUGCCUCGUCAUACGAGUCAUACACUGGAACUGCAAAUUUUGAAAUGCAAUUAUCAAUAAACUAACAUUUCAGAUUCUCUUGCUCAUCCAUAGCAUAAUGCAUCAAUGUUAUGGUUGUCUUGAGUGCCCACCUGUUGGUUCGGUACAAUCGCUCCCAAGCUCCUCAACAACAAAACCUUGAUUCCUUAUAGCAAGCUGCAUAUCAUUUGAUAUAUGUUCUUCAGCGUCAGUCUGUGCAACGCCUGUCAGUGUGGCCAUGGUCUGGUUCUGACCACUCAAGUUGUCUUCCCCUUCGGCUGCUCCUUCUUCGGCACCUCCUGUGUCCAUGUUGGCACUGUCCAAGCUUGGAUCGCCAUUAUGUGCUCCCACUCCUGCAUUUCCAUUGUUUGCUGCAAAGAGCUGAAAGUUUGCCAAUGAAGAUUAUUAGUAAGCAGACACUAAAGCAUCAUGACAUCGACAAUACUUCAAGUUUGCUCUGUUUUACCGAAUUAGUUGUAGCUGCCAUUAGAGGGUGCCACAUCCAUACUUGCUGCAGCAUGUAUCCUUCUGGCCUGGUCUGUAAAACACAUUUACAUUUUCAUCAUUUUCAUCAUUGUAUGAUUGUGUCUCUCAUCAAAAUAAUAGUGUAAUUACCGGGUAA